GCGAUUGGCUGGCGCGGGUGCACCCGGCGCAGCGGUCCCCCGGCGCGGCAGCCAUGGCGGCGGGGGCGAUGGCGGCGGGGGCGAGCUGCCCGGCCUGCGGCUCCUCCGCCCUGGUGGAGGACGCGCACUACGCGCAGCAGCAGCUGGUCUGCGCCGCCUGCGGCUGCGUCCUGGCCGAGGGGCUGCUCACCACCACCUACACCGAGGAGGAGCACCUGCGAGAGGUGGCCUAUUCCCAGAGCACCGGCCGGAAAGAGCAGCUGAGCCGCUGUAUGCAGCGAGGGAUCAGGAGGGUCCAGGACCUCUGUAAGGUCCUCCAGCUCCCGUCGGUGUUUGAGGAAACGGCUGUGUCCUACUUCCAGCGCGCUUUCCAGCAUCCCUCCUUCCACCUGGUCAGCCUGGAGAAGAAGGAGCUUCUGGGGGGCUGCUGCGUCUUUGUGACUUGUCGGCAGCACAACUGGCCCCUGACCAUGGGAACAGUCUGCUCCCUCCUCUACGCCAAGAAGGAACUCUUCGCCAGCGUCUACCUGAGCGUGCAGAAGGAGCUCGAGCUGUCCGUGCCGGCGCUGAGUCUGAUGGAUCUGGUGAAGACGCACCUCAACAGUUUCAGGCUGUUCCAGCGCGCAGCCGACGUCCCUGCCCCGUUUGUGGAGGACAAGGAGAAGAUGGUAGCGCGAACGAUGCAGAUCGUGGAGCUGGCCAGCGAGACGUGGCUGGUCACGGGCCGGCACCCUGUUCCCAUCGUCACCGCCGCAGCGUUCCUGUCGUGGCAGUCGCUGCAGCCCGCCGCCCGCCUGACGUGCACCCUCGCGCGGUUCUGCAAGGUGGCGGGUGUCGACCUGCCUCCGCCGGCCCACCUGAGGCUGAAAGAGCUCCACGAAAUCCUGCUGCGGAUGGCGUCCCAGCUCGCUUGGCUGAGGGUGUUUAAGAUGGACAAGAAAAUGGCCGUCAAGCACAUCGGGGACCUGCUGCAGCACCGAAUGUUCCUGCUGAAGAAGUCUUUCUGCGCGGAGGAUGCGGAGGAGCAGCGUGCUGGAGCCCAGGGCGAGGGCUCCCCCGGGGCUGCGCGGGAGGAGACACGUCCCUCGGAAGGGAAGCGUCAGCGUGACGGGGGGCGGAGGCCCCUGCUGCCGCCCUGCCUCAUCGCGCCGAAGAAGAGACUCCGCACGGCAGCCCCGAGCGCUUCGGACCUCGCCAUCACCGGCGACGAGCCCAUCUCCGACAGCGAAAUAGAGCAGUACCUGAGGGGCCGCGAGGAGAUCCGGGCGUUCAGCAGGGCCAAGGCAUGGCCGUGAACCAGCCAGCUCCGUGGCCGGAGGGCAGCGCUGCCGGGAGCAGCAGGGCAGCGGAGGGCGAGGAACCGACAGCGUAAAGCCUCAGGGUAACAGAGCCACCGUAACCGAGGACAGUCGUCCAAGGGGACGGGGCAGCGCGGGGAGCGGCGGGCUGUCUCCCGUUGAGCGUUCGGAGGCUGGAACAGACUGGGGCUUUUUAUGGAGUAACUGUUUUGGGUUGCCUUGUAUUUUUGUUAGAAGUAAAUAGAACUGCAGGUGCCAGAAGUGGUUUCUGGCCUCUCUUUUCAUAACCUGUGGUAAAAUGUGUUUGGGCUAAUCCAGGUGCGGUAGGGCAGAUGUCACGAGCGAGUCCAACGGGUCAGUGUACUACCGCAGAGGUAGGACAGGGAUCUCGGCACGCGGGAGAGCGCCAGCCGAGCGCCCUCUCCUCGGCAGCGGUCCGUCAGUCAGGGUCGCUGCGGUUCCCCGGCCCACAGCCAGUCCCAUGGGGCGAAAGGGCUCUGAGGGCCUUCUCCUGCCCUGGCCGCGGCCGGGCUGCAGCGCUUGUCAGCCAGCGUCAGCGGUGCUUCGGCGUGCGGCAGUGUGAAACUGCAGUGGUAAUUUUUGUGGUUUGGAGGGGAGGGAGGGAGAAGCACUGUCCUGCCACAGCUUGGUCAUAGCAGUGUCUGGUUGUCGUAGGGUGCGGUGACAGGGAAGGAGGUAGAGGUUUCCGGCCCCCUCAUUGGCACCUGUUUUUGGAGCUUUGCUUGAGCUUUUCUGGCGGGUGAUCUCUUAGGUUGCCUUGCACGCCAGCUGCUUUGGUGGGUUUUUGAGGAGGGCGGGUUUGUGACCGGAUAAGAGGAGGUACUUAAUUUGUUGCUCCACUUUCUGAGGACAAAGCAAAUGGCAAAUCUAAGUGCGGCAGCCCGUCUGCCAGGCAGCGCGCGCUCCCGGCCUGGCUGUAUGAGGAGUAACAUUACGUAGGUCCUUGGGGCGGCGCGGGGCUGCCCGCCCUGGGUAUCCCAGGGAUCCCUUGGGAAGCUCAGCUUGGCUGGUGUCUGAGGGGGAAACUAUCCCAGCUCAGUUGAGUGAGUGACGUGAAGCUGCUGGAAAUCUGUGGCAACUGUGCAGCUCUUGAUGGUACGAUUACAGCACUGCUGGCUGUUCAUUUCAAAGUAACGCAUAACUCAAUAAAACUGUGACCUCUA